AUGGAUUCAUUUCUCCCUCUCGGCGGCUUCCAGCUGCCCUUCCAGCAGCGGCUUAGCCGACUAUACAACGACACCAAGAAGUCAAGCGACUUUGUCAAGGAGCCCGUCAAGAAUGAAGAAGAUCCCGAUAUCAAGGCCUUGCAUCGGAAGUUGCGCAUUCAAAAGGAUCGGUUGGUGAGCUGGGGACUUGAAUGGUCGGAUCCCAAGUCUGCUGAGAUUGAUGAGUCGUUAUCAAACGCAGGCUUGAGCGAGGUCGUCGGCAGUGUCAUGUCGACCAUCAAGGACAUUCUUGCGGAGGCGGAACCUCUGUGGCUUAGCUCCAAGCAUCUCACAGAGCCAAACCGGCCGGCUGCAGAUCGCAAACCACCUCUCGUUCGAUGGGAUAAGACUCGGUUCGAAGACCUGGUUCGCGACCUGACCUCCUCCAUCGACACACUUUACGAUUUAUCCCGUACUCGGUCGAUGGGGGCAACUCCGCGUCCAGCACCCAAGGUCCCGCCAAAGGAUCCAUUGCCCAGCCAGGACUUCCGGCCUUUCGAGUCAACCCGAAUGCAAACUCCUCAAUCAAUACGUCCUGACUCUUUGACGCAUCUUCGACCUCGCCAAGGCAAAGAAGGUGCCGUCGAGAGAGAGGUGGUUUUCAUGAGCAAGACUGCCUACUCUGAGCUCACCCACGGUACAGCACGAGAGCCGUGGGCUCCCUUGUUAUUAGAGUACGCCACAUACGACUCGAUUUAUUCUAUUACUGGCAUUUCGCCACCCAUGGAUCGCUUUGAGAAGCUAUCCGCCGCCCUUCAGCAGGACCCUCAGCUGUCUCCUAAUACCUGGACAGGUCUGCCUCGUCUGCUUGGAUAUUUCGAAGAUCUUGAAAACUCCCGCUUUGGUCUUGUCUACCGAUUCCCACCAUCAUUCAACGCCGUUUCUUUUGAACAUGUCACCAAAAAUCCCUUCUACAGUCUGCCAACACUGGCGGACGUUCUGAUACAACCAGACGCGGAACCUCCCCUCGAAGCCAAGUUCAGGCUUGCCCAUAACCUGGCAAACACUGUCUUUGACAUGCAUGCUCGUGGCAUCACCCACGGAAACUUAAUCCCAAAGAAUGUCUGCUUUACCGACUCCGUCACUGGACCAACUGUCACAAUUGGGGAAAUUGAUGUUCGACGGCCGCUGGUGUCCUCGUUUGACAUUUUUCCCGAAGACGUGAAUGGCUCUGCCGAUGCCUCCCUUAUGAGCCCACGAGAGCCUCAGUACCCCGGUUCGAAAAUGGCCGGAGGCGAGCGUACUCGUGAAUUUCUCUCACUGGCGACAGUGUUACUUUCCGUUGGGCUCUGGCUUCCUCUGGAAAGCAUCACAAAUAUCAACGCUUCUGGCUCCAUUUCUCAGCCGAUGCUUAAGCAACUCUCGCAGAAGUGUGGCUCCUUAUAUACACGGGCGGUGCAGGCAUGCUGCUCCGUCACGGAGCAGGGAAAGCUGGGAAAUUCCUCCAUUGAGGAUCUACUUUCCUCAGCCCAGACGAAAAUAUCUAAAUGUCUCGAAGCAUGCUGUGUCUUGGAUGGCGACCAUGAGUUGGAUGAUAGAAACAACUCUGAGCUGCAACAGAGCCAGCCUAAAUCCCAAUCCAAGCUGCCAGUGGCCACUCCCCCUCCUGUAGGAUCCUCCAAGGACUUGCGAGAUGUCAAGUCGCCGGCGUUAUUUACACCACCGCCCGCCACCCCCGAUCCGAUCACCAAAGGUAGAGAAGCUGUCAAGGUUGAGACAAAUGACCUUGGUAAGAUCCCACUCAGGCGCUCGGUUCAUAUCACAUCCGGUUCGUUGAAGCUGACCUUUUCAAUUACAGAUGCCAGGCAGAAGGCGGCAAGUAAAUCUGAAGCCAAGCUAAAGCUAUAUCCACACAUUCCUCUCCCACCCGAUGCCGUCGACAAGUGGAAUACAAUCCUCAUGCCUCAAAUCAAUCUCGCCCUGAAACAAUUUUACCGCAAACAUCCGGAGUCUGUCGAAAUAUCCUUGGAAUCCGUUGGACCCUCGCCAGCGAUGACGAAGCCCACGGUUCUUGUUGUCUGUACAUCUGUCGGCAAAGUCCGUGCAAUUCUCAAGAAGCGCGUUGGUGACUUGUUCGAUGAGUCGACCGGCUUUGCUUUGAAGGUGUGCAGAGGACAGGUCCUGCGCUCUCGCAGAGAUUCAUCGUUCCCAGUCAGGUCCAUGGCAAAUAGAAGCCACGCUUUAGCCGGCAACGCCGAUGAUGGGGAGAUAGAUGCCAUCAACCCUGAAUUCCAGCAAAGACCAGGGAACGGCGCAAGCAUUGGAGCAUGGAUUGGCGAUCGACAUUUACCUCCUGUCAGCUUCGGUGGACUUGUGCUUGUCGAUGACAAGGUAUAUGGAAUGACAGUCCACCACAUGCUUGAUGACCCAGAUCGAGACUUUGGCCAAGACGAGCCGACUAGGAGCAGUGCUGUACCAGGCCAUGAGUGGUUUGAUCAGUCAGUCGCCGGCAGCAGCGCCGAUGAUGACUUCUCCUACGAGCUUUCAGAUACAGAAUCCGAGGCAUACUCUGAAUCAGAUAUAACCAGUGACUGGGGCGACGAUGAGGAUGACGACGAGGAUUCGUUUGAGCCUGGUGACAUUCCUGGUAUUGAGCCUGGUUGCGGCGACGGAUAUAUUGUCACGCAGCCAGCGCUUGACGAUGUUGAGGAGGGCUUUUAUCCUUCUAGCGAGACUGAGGAUGAGGACCAUUUGGAUACCUUCAGCCUCGGAGAGAUGUUCGCUUCUAGUGGGAUUCGUCGAAAGGAGGUCAACGGGCUGGUACACGAGGUGGACUGGGCUUUGUUCGAGUUCUCUUCCGAUCGCGUUCCAGAGGACAAUUUCAUUCCUCGCUCAAAAGGCUUCACAGCAGCACAAUCAAAGGCAAGUGCCAUUCUGCAUCCUACUGCGGUCGCUCCCUUUUCAUCCCUUCCUGGGCUGGAGGUGCAGUGUGUCGCUAGGACAAGUGGGCUACAGACAGGCCAGAUUUUGCCUACCCUGACCAGCGUCAAGAUUUAUGGACGCACUUCACCAAGCCACACAUAUCAAGUCGCAAGCCUUCCCGCCUCCAAGAUACCAGAGCAUGAUGAGAGCCGAAGGGCCCCGAUCGGUAUACCAGGAGAUAGUGGAGCUUGGGUCGUUGAUCAUCGCAAUGGUCAGCUUUGCGGCCAUGUCCUUGCCUGGAGUCAGCGCAAGCGAGUUGCGUACAUCUGUCCCAUGGACGUGCUGCUCAUGGACAUUGCUGAGGCUCUUGAUGCUACCGAGAUCAAGCUACCUACAGGCGAGGUAAUACUCUCCUCUGCCCAAUCCGCCGUCCAGAAGAUGGAACGAUAUCAUGGAUCAACCCCUGAUGGCGAAGAUGAAACAGACUUUUGUGAAGACGAGGUUGCCCCUACGCUGUCCAGAAUCUCACGAACCCCAUCCGGCAAUGGCCGAGUCAGCGGCCAAGAUGCCUCGAGCUCACUCCGGAUGAGCUCUCAGGGUAAUAUCGCUGCCCUCAAUCGCACAAUGAAAGAGCUUCGAGUUGAUUGUGGCAUCGGUGUAAGCGGCUAG